AUGCGUACCAGUCUCAUCAGUCUGUUCAGCGUGGUUGGGAGCGUACUGGGUGCACCAGCCAUAAAUAACUACCGAAACAACACUGUUUUGGCAAAUUUGCAGGAACGGGCACUAGCAGCUCUGAAGGCUGCUGAGCGCAACUCGACCAGCUCAGAUGGAUGCAGUCUUUCCAAUGCAGCGGUGCGCAAAGACUGGGCCGCGCUGAGUUCCGACGAGAAGAAGGAAUACAUUGGCGCCGUGCAGUGCCUGCUGACGUUGCCAUCAAAGUCGGAUCCAACGUUCGCCCCUGGAGCAAGGAGCAGGUAUGACGACUUCGUUGCCGUGCAUAUCAAUCAGACCCUCUCGAUCCAUGGAACUGGCAACUUCUUGACCUGGCACCGGUAUGUAACUUACGCAUACGAGACGGCACUCCGUGAAGAAUGCGGCUACCAGGGCUAUCAGCCAUACUGGAACUGGUUCGACUACACCGAUGACCUUACGAAAUCGCCCUUGUUUGAUGGAAGUGAGACAAGCAUGAGUGGCGAUGGGGCCUAUCUCGCCCACAACGGCAGCCUCUCCGGAGCCAACAACAUCUUCCUCCCAUCUGGCAACGGUGGUGGUUGCGUCACGAGUGGUCCUUUUACCAACAUGACUGUUCAUCUUGGCCCCGUGUCCCCAGGAAUGGCUGGGUUGCAACCAAACCCGAGCCCUGAUGGCCCGCUUGGCUACAACCCCCGCUGCCUCAGCAGAGACCUUGGCGACUACACUGCCUCAACAUGGUUCACGCCAGAGAACCUGCUCAACAUCACCGUCGGAGAUGCUUCUGCCAGCAUUGAGCUCUUCCAGAACGAACUACAGGGCCGCUUCGGAGAUCAGUUCCUAGGGAUGCAUGCAAGCGGGCAUAUGGCGGUCGGCGGCGAGGCGUCUGACCUAUUCUCAUCGAUCAACGAUCCCGGCUUCUGGUUUCAUCACUCUAUGGUUGACCAGGUGUAUUGGAUCUGGCAGGCCCUGCACCUCGACCAGGCAGAGACUAUCGCGGGCACCAUCACCAUUCUCAACCAGCCUCCAAGCCGGGAUACCUCUAAGGAUGACAUCAUCGAGCUGGGUGUGAACGCCCCGAGCGUUACUAUUGACGACGUGCUCAACACUCUCGGAGAAAGCCCUUUGUGUUAUGUGUACAUAUAG